GUUGUUCGCAGUGCUGUUGUUUACAUUGUGAUUUUCUCCCGAUUUCUCCCAACAAAGCAGGAAAAUAUCUAUUUAUUUAAAGUAUUUGUAACAUUUCCGAACAAAAUGUCUGAAAGUGAAGAGCCCCAAGUGAAGGUGGAGUUUAAAAAGAAGGGGAAGAAACAGCUUCGGCAAAGGAAACCUUCCAACAGUGAGGACGAUGAGCAGGAGCAAGAAACAGAAGCUGAUAUUUUAGCAAAGCUAGAAGAAACCAAGGAGCGACAAAAGCUGCGCAAUAGACGGAACGGUGUUAACAUCCUAAGCCUGGCUGCGGGUAAAAAAAUAACCAUUGAGGAGGAGAUUACAGUUAAAGAUCCAUUUAACAUAAAAACUGGCGGGAUGGUCAACAUGCAGGCACUGAAGGCGGGAAAAUUGAAGGCCGCAGUCGAAGACCCGUACGACACGGGCAUAGGGACACAGUUCUCCGCCGAAACAAACAAACGGGACGAAGAUGAAGAAAUGAUGAAAUACAUUGAGGAGGAGCUGGGCAAACGGAAAGGCAUUGCGCAGGAGCAGGACAACCAGACGGAGGGCGAAUCGUCCGGCAAGUACCUCAGCCCGGAGGAGGCGGCACUACUCUCGCUCCCCGCUCACCUUAGCCAAACGUCGUCCCAGCGCUCGGAGGAAAUGCUGUCCAACCAGAUGCUGAGCGGCAUCCCGGAGAUCGAUCUGGGCAUUGAGGCGAAAAUUAAAAACAUCGAAGCGACGGAAGACGCCAAGCUCAAGUACAUGCAGGAGCAGCAGCGCAAGAAGGAUCUCCCGUCGCACUUUGUGCCCUCGAACAUGGCAGUCAACUUUAUGCAGCACAAUCGCUAUCGGAUCGAUAAUCCUGCGCCGGCCAAGCGCCGCUAUCAGGAGGAUCAUCGCGACCAGCGGCACGAUGACCGUGUGCCGAAGAAAGCGACCGAUGAUUAUCAUUUCGACAAGUUCAAGAAGCAAUACCGACGCCACUGAGAGGGGCCCUGGAGGUUGGGGCACAUACUUUUAAUUUUAAACAAUGAAUAUGGUAAGCCAACGCGUAACGAGUAAGGAUACUGAUUGAACCACCGUUUAUUAAUAGCAUUUUAAAGUUGAGAUAUUGAGAACACACCAUGAAGCCAAAACUUGUGUCAACGAACGAUGGGAAGUGGUCUUGCACCUGCACCACACCAACCGGCGCGGAGCGGUUUUGGGCCGGGAUACUGACAAUUUGAGACAAUUGUAAGUGUAUUUACUCGUAGCUAGAUAAAUUCAGUCAUGCAUACACACGGGAAGAGUUAAUCUGGCAAUGAGAGUAACCAACCUCUCACCCGCCAACGGUCGUCGGCAGCAGAGAUGUACGAAACUUGCUCAAUGCAAUCAUUUAUCUUUUGUUAUGGGGCGCCAUCACUGACAACGGUCGGUUCUUGUUCUUACGAUAGGAUUUUAAACUGCAAGCGCUCAAGUCUUUACUUCCUCUUCCAUUCGGUUUCAUCUCUUCGCUAUCGUUGAAGUCUUUUGAUGUACGGGUUAUUCCCACUUUACAAAUCUGUACAACGGACAGCCAGCCUGGUGUACUACCUUGAAUGGAUUUCCGUUUUGUGCCCGGCUUUAUUCUUGCUUGGUUUAUCCUUUUUUAUUUUAUUUUAUUUUGUAAGCGCAUCUGCUAUUUUACUAACUUUAUUUGCCAUCAGCCGUAGACUCUAGACGCAACACCUGUAACCUGUUGGAUCCGAACUAUUGUAAUGUAUGUAAUGCUUUAUACUACUAGUUGCAUUUGUUUCUCAACCAAUGUCAAAAGAACAAUGUUUGCAGUCUAUGUUA